UGGUAAGCGACCAACACCCCGCCAUAGUAGCAGCAGGUGUGUGUGUUUACCCGCCACUCUCACCCGGACUCUGGCCACCACCACAACUCUCCUUCCUCGUCUCCUGCUUCCUAACUCACGUGACCUGCUCAGUGUUAACCUGUAAUACGUGUUGAGUCAUCAGUGAACAAACAUGGCAGGACACACAGUUCCAAUUGAUUUUAGGGUUAAUUCUGCUAAAAUCUCUAAUCCAGUGGAGAGAAAAACUCUGCUGCAGGAUCUGUUGCCACUUAUUGAGCCUUUCACAGGACCAUUAACUGAGACAUCACUUUGUGAAGUGCCAGGUGGCAGUUACAUGGCACUCUACUGCUCUGACACCAUGACUCUCUCGGUCAAGCUCUACUUCAAUGGUCUGGUCACAUGUACUGUUGACUAUUAUACAGAUGAAGUCAAUGAACACAAGAUUGUGAAUGAUGAUGGUCGGCGACUGGAACGGCAGAUACGAGAGAAGUUUGGGUGCACGGUGGCCAAGGUGUUGCCAGCCCUCAAGAGAGUGCCACCCAUUAACCCAUACUUUACAUCCUCAGAUGACAGGCUUCUGGAGUAUGAUGUUGAUAAACUGUUAUUUGAAGAGAAGACUGACUUCCAGAAAGUCCAGAUCUACCACACAAAAACAUUUGGAAACCUGCUCGUCCUGGAUGAUCUUCAAAAUCUUGCUGAAAGUGAUGUGGCCUACACUCAUGGGCUUAUGAAUAAAUCACUGGAGAACUUUGAAGAGAAAGAAAUCCUUAUUCUGGGCGGAGGAGAUGGCGCAUUACUCUGGGAACUGCUUAAAGAGAAGCCAAAAUAUGUCACUAUGAUUGAUAUUGAUGAUGCUGUGAUGGAAUCGUGUAGAAAGCAUCUAAAGUCUGCUUGUGGAACUUGCUUGGACAACUAUAAUGGAGAAAACUACAAGAUAAUUGUAGGAGAUGCAAUAUCUUACAUGAAAGAGAAGGUAAAGGAAAAGAAAAGCUUCGAUUAUGUAUUUGCUGAUUUGACUGAUGUUCCAAUAUCGCCGUCUCCUCGUGGAGAACUGUGGGAUUUUAUGCGUACAAUUAUGAACUUGGGAACAAAACUGCUGAAGCCUGGCACAGGAAAGUAUAUGACUCAUGCUACUGGUAUCCAGUGUGAAACUGCUCUGAAAAUGUUUGAAGAACAGCUGAGUAAUCUGGAGACUGGAGUUACUUUCACACAAACUAGUCACUAUGUACCCAGCUUCAUGGAGAAGUGGUGCUUCUAUCAAGCCACUCGUCAACCUCUACCAGCAUAGUGCUUCACAAUUUAUGGAUAUUGUGUUUUAAUUAUCAUUGAUGUAUUAUUCACACUUUAUAUCACUUGGCAUACUUUUUCUUUUAGUUUGCUAUCAUAAUUGGUUUUUCUAGUAAUAAAUUUUAUCUUUUUGUUCCAAAGCACAUCAUUUUUAAUGCUAAGUGAUGUUCCAUAUAAUGCUUUGUUUAGAAUGUUUGGUUAACUAGAUCAUGACACUCACACAUCAUUCUUGUUUGCUUUUUAAUUACAAACCACUUUUAUGCUGCGUGCCAUUAUGUACUAUGCCAUCACAUUAGUACUUACAGUUAGUAAGAUUUUUUUCACUUUGGAAUAAAAUAUAACAAAGCUGAGUUACAAA